AUGGCGGGUGCUGUGGCGGGGCCGAUCGCUGGCAGGCUUGCUGCGCUCGUCACCGACGAGACCGCCCUGCUCUGGGGCUUCAAGGACGACGUGGACAGCAUGAGAAAGACCAUGGAGAAACUGCAAGCUUUGAAGCAAGAUGCUGACCGGAGGGAGAGCCUGAAUGAAGGAGAGAGACGAGAGACCGUGCGGGUUUGGAUAAAGAAUUUCAAGUCCGCGGCAUACGAUGUUGAGGAUUUGCUGGAUGAGUUGGAUGCUAUCAAGCUCAUGAAGCAGAACCAACCAAAGAUUAAGAUAAGGGACAGGGAGAUUAUCUUGGAUAUGGAAGAAGACAAAAAGACUUUUCAGAGCCUCAUGUUAAGCUACUAUUAUAUGUCGUUGGAGUUCAAAUUGUGCUUCACAUAUUGUGCAGUUUUUCCCAAGGGCUUUAUUAUUUCUAAUUUCAGUCUUCUCAGACCUAACCUUUCAGACUGCCAUGAUCUCAAAGAACUCCCUGAAUGCUUUGGUAACCUUUCUGACCUUCAUUCUCUGAACCUUUCAAGUUGUUCGAAGCUGCCAUCAUUGCCUGAGUCAUUUGGUGAUUUGUCAAAGUUGAAGCAUCUCAAUUUAUCAUAUUGUUUUCCCAACCUGGAGAUACUGCCGGAAUGGCUGGGGCAGCUCACUACCCUUGAAGAAUUGAGCAUCUCCCACUGCCACAACCUGAGAUCUUUGCCUGAAAGCAUACGGAACCUUACCGCCCUUGAAGACACUGCACAUUUGGGACAGUCAAAGUCUGGUCCGAGGCUUGAAGAUACAUGGCCACAAGAUUUCUCACAUCCCAGAAGUCAUGUUUGAUUACGAAGCAUUCGUGCCAAGACAACCAAUCUAACGAUCAGAGGUACAGGUACUGAUUAAUAUGGUGUACUGCUUCAGAUUAGAAGCACGCUUGCAGAGCGACUCAGAUGCAGAGGUGCAGAAUGAAGCAGAACAAGACCUGAGCGCAUCAGAACGCGACUUGCAGAGCGAAUCAGGUUGAUCCAAAUAAACCAUAUAAGAACCAACUAAGCCCAGUAGGGAAGCAAAAUGUUCCGAUCCCUGUAACUACUAAAGAUUUUAUCCGAGA